AUGACCGGAAGUCUUUUUUUUUGGCUCACGCUGUUGAGGAACCUGCAGUUCACAGACACAUUAGCUAUUUCCUCCUUGAGUCUGAAGAUAUCAGAGAUGAAAAAACAAGACGCGGAAGAGUCUGCCACCCAGAGCAGCGAGGAUGCUCCACCUACUGCAGGAGAGAUGGAGUCACCUGCAGCUGCUAAAGACAGCUUGGACAGCAACAGCCCCAAAGAGUCUGAGCCACAGACGCCACAGACGGACACACCUCCACAGACGGACACACCUCCACAGACGGACACACCUCAACAGAUGGACACACCGCCACCGACAGACACGCCUCCACAAGACGAGGAGGCAGGAAGUGAAGUCGCAGAGGCAGCACUUUCUCAAUGUGACAUGGCUGAGGAGCUGAGUCGGCAGCUGGAAGACAUCCUCAGUACCUACUGUCGGGAAAGUAUGUCAGACGACGGCAGCGCUGUGCCCAACGGCCAAUCACACAGCCCGGAGCUCAACGGCCUGACCAAUGAGAGGGGGGACGGCAAGCCAGAGGGCAAAGUCAAUGGAGCUGGAGUGGAGAAAGAGCAGAAGAAGACUCAGGAGAAGAAGAAAGUGAAGGGCCUGGGCAAAGAGAUCACUCUCCUCAUGCAGACUCUGAACACACUGAGCACCCCAGAGGAGAAGCUGGGAGGCCUCUGUAAGAAGUACGCUGAACUGCUGGAGGAGCACCGUAACACCCAGAAGCAGAUGCGAGUCCUGCAGAAGAAACAGAACCAGCUGGUUCAGGAGAAAGACAACCUGAGGAACGAACACAGCAAGGCCAUCCUGGCUCGCAGCAAGCUGGAGAGUCUCUGCAGGGAGCUACAGAGACACAACCGCACACUCAAGGAGGAAGGGAUGCAAAGAACGCGCCUGGAGGAAGAGAAAAGGAAGGAAGUGACCUCCCAUUUCCAGGUGACGCUGAACGACAUCCAGGCUCAGAUGGAGCAGCACAACGAGAGGAACGCCAGCCUCCGACAAGAGAACACGGAGCUGGCCGAGAAGCUGAAGAAGCUCUAUGAGCAGUACAAACUACGAGAAGAGCACAUAGACAAAGUGGUGAAACACAAAGACCUGCAGCAGCAGCUGGUGGACGCCAAGCUGCAGCAGGCUCAGGAGCUGCUGAAGGAGUCGGAGGAACGCCACGACAGAGAGAAACACUUUCUGCUGAAAGAAGCAGUGGAGUCUCAAAGGAUGUGUGAGCUGAUGAAGCAGCAGGAAGUUCACCUCAAACAGCAGCUGUCACUGUACACAGAGAAGUUUGAAGAGUUUCAGACCACUUUGUCCAAAAGCAACGAGGUCUUCACCACAUUCAAACAGGAGAUGGAGAAGAUGACUAAAAAGAUCAAGAAGCUGGAGAAGGAGACGGCCAUGUAUCGAUCCAGGUGGGAGAGCAGUAACAAGGCUCUGCUGGAGAUGGCAGAGGAGAAAUCUGUGCGGGACCGAGAGUUCGAGGCCCUUCAGAGUAAAGUCCAGCGGCUCGAGAAGCUGCGCCGGGCACUUAAAGUGGAACGCAACGAGCUCAACAAGAAGGUCCAGAACCUCAACGGUCAGGACAGCGGCACGACGGGAGCCCCCGCCUCCGACCCAGGGACCGACUCCCCCUCUCCCCCACCCACAGACUCUCUGCUGGAGCCCAGCAGCCACCCCGCCCCAGACCCCGCCCCCUGCUCCCAGUCCUGCCACUGUGACCCACAACUGGACACAGACAGCCUACUAAAAGCGGCAAAGGCUCUCCCCGUCGCCGCACAGGAAUGAAGCAACGCUGCUGACAGCCUCCUCUUCCUCCUCCCCCUCCAGCAACAAGCCACAUAACAAAAAGCCACCAGCCUGCAAGCCACUAGCCCUCAGCUGGAUGAGGUAGAUCACAUAGCAAGGUUAGCUUGUGUCCUCCCAGCAUGCUCUGCAGGCUUUAUAACACUGCUGAGAAGAUUGUGCCUCGUCUGCCAGUACAUUUACAUGCGCACCAGUUACUGUGAAUAAUCUCAUUAAGAUGACAGCUCUAUUAAAGUAUUUAAUCGGUUCACAAUAACCUCAUUUCCCCCAAUAAUCACAUGAUCAUGAUUCAUUCAUUAGUCGGGUUAAUUUGCGCGCACAAAGUGGUGUUUCUUUUUUGAAUUGUUUUAUAAAUUAAUUUGUUAUUCGUAAAAAAAUACCCCAUUUUUGGUGACACCCCAAAACGUGUUACACAUGCUGCUAUUUGUUUAAAAACACAGCUUUCGUUCCACAACCUGCACUGAAUCAAAAGAUUGAAGGAAAUCAGACACAAGGGGAAAUACAAAUCGCAGUGAUUAAAGAGAGAAGAGACAGGUCAUGCUUCCUCCAACUCAAACCUCAAAGUCCACCCACACUCAAAAACAUGUUUAUAUUACUUCCAUCUCCCCUAAAGUGUCUGACCUUAACGAUACUGACUUGUAUCUGAGCAACGUUGGUCACUAGAGAGGUGUUUUCACAUUCCUCAACUGGAGAGAGAUGCCUGUGCACUUCCUUAAAAUCUGAGAUUUAAAUGUACACCAGGCCAGAUAGAUUGGUAGUUUACUCCACUACUUCCAAAAGCCAGAAAAUAAACCUGAGCCCUUCUGCACAGAGCGGGCUUGUCAGUACAUAGAGCAAGAACAGCAACAAUAUAAACAAGCUAAAAGAUGCUUCCCACACUCACCAUUCUGAUAGAUCUGCUGGGCUCCUCAUCAUCUGAGGAGGAGGAGGCACUCCUCAACUAGUUUUCUUUACUUUAACUCAUCAAAUACAAUAUGAAUCAUAGCAGAAUAUUUUUGCAUACUUUAAACCAUGUCUGGAGGGGACUUUAACUUGACUAAAACAACCCUGCGUAUAUGACAGCUGCAACAAUGUGUACUAAUCUAAUUAGUGUGCAUGUAAAUGCACAGGGUGCCUCUGUGUUGUGCUGUUUUACUACACAUUCCGUUUUGACUCAAACUCACAACCGCUCGGCAAGAUAAGUAACAGUGCUGCGUGGGAUGACACAAGACAAGAGGAGUCAUCGUGUGUGUGUGUUGUGUGUUGUGUGUGAUGUGUGUGUGUGAUGGAUUCACAGCUUGCAUCGUUUUCAAAGCCACUUCUAGUAAUUUAACAUUUUUCUUUCAGGUGAAGUCUUGACAGGGAUGUGAAGUAAAUAAUAUCUUUAGCAGAUCCAAUUCUUACUUACAUAGAAAUAAUAUUGAAUACUACAUAAUUAUUGAAGGAAAUUUCUUAUUCUGAUUUUUUUCCUAAUUUUUCCGUUCUUGCCUGUAGAAGAUUGUUGAGAAAUGUUAUCGAUGUUAUUGUUUCCUUGAUUGCAUCACACCGCUUCAUUUGUGCAGAUUUUGUGGUCUGUAUUUAUUGUUUCAGGCAUAAUCGCUGAUAUUGAAAUAUAUAUUUUUAGAACAUUUAUAAAGGUGUUACUUUCAUGACCAAUUCUUCAUUCCUAAACUUUCUGAGUUGAGUUGUUAGCUUCAUUAUUUCUACAUGUUUUUCAGUCUGCUUAUAACCUUGUAAUGAUGACCACUUGAAACUUGUUUUUGAGCAUUGGUGUGUAUGGGGUGUGUGUGUGUGUGUGUGUGUGUGUGUGUGUGUGUGGCGUGGCGAUGAUUGUCUCCUCCCAGUAAUUGCAGUAGCUUGUAAUCAGGUUUUAACUAGAGAAUGUUCAAGGACCUCUAUGCAACGCUUGCCUCUUGGUUUUUAUUCUGUGGCAGUCUCAACUGACAAGCACUUAGCUGAGAAUGUAUAUUCAUUAACUCCACUGUCCUGCAUGGAUGUAUUGUAUAAACAGACAACAUAUCUCACAGCAGAACUUUAUUUUUGCUUAGGUUCGAACCUUGUUAAUUGCCUCUUAAAUAAUGGUUGACAUUGAACGUAACAUAGUGCAUCUCCCAGAUGCUUUCACAAGGUGCAGAGACUGAGCCGGGUAGGAAUAAGGAGGGAAAAUAAGAGGAAAUGUUAUUGGACUUCUGAAUUGUAAUUUGACUCCGAAACAUGCCCAUUUCUCUUCAGACAUUCUUAUGUACUACUUAAUAUGUAGCAUUGGUAUCAACUUAUAGAGUCAUUUUCAACAUCAAAAGAAAUGUCAACCACCUAAUUUCUUCCAUUGUCCCACUGGACGGAUUCAUUGAGCCUCUGCUCCCGUGGUGGAUGUGGAGGUUCAUUGACCACGAGAAGGAACCAAAGAUGUUUCCUUUUUUUUUGUCUUUUGCAGUACUUUUAUCUGGCCCUGUAUAUUUUGUUUCUUGUUAAAUAAAAUAUGUAACAGUGUA